UAGAUUCUCUACAGGACAUCAUCUAAUCAAUUAAUUAUUACUUUACCUAAAAAAUCUCAUCCUUCAUCUUCAUCCUGAAAAAUCUCAUCCUCAAAAUGAUCUCAACCAUCAGAACCCUCUCGAAAACCUUUAAAAAGGACCUAUUCUGCUUCAAGAAAAAAACCUACUCCACAGAAGCUACCUUUGAAACCCAACCAUUUCGUCUCCACAAGCUUGAGAAAGGACCAGAUACCACAUCCAAACUCACUAAAGAAGAUGCCCUCAUCUAUUACAAAAAGCUCCUCACCAUCCGAAGAAUGGAGAACGCCUGUAGUACCCUCUACAAAGAAAAAGUUAUCCGAGGAUUUUGUCACUUAUAUUCUGGCCAAGAAGCUGUUGCAGUUGGUAUGAUUGCUUCUCUCCGAAAGGACAAAGAUACUGUCGUAACAUCUUAUCGAGCCCAUGGCUGGGCUUACCUCAUGGGAAUUCCAGUAUUAGAAGUCAUAGCAGAACUCACAGGUCGAAAAACCGGUAAUGUCCGAGGAAAAGGUGGUUCCAUGCAUAUGUAUACAACAAAUUUCUUUGGAGGAAAUGGGAUUGUCGGUGGUCAAGUUCCCCUUGGAGGUGGACUAGGUUUUACCCACAAAUACAGAAAAGACGGUGGUGUUUGUGCCUGUCUUUACGGAGAUGGUGCGGCUAACCAGGGUCAGCUUUUCGAAAUCUACAACAUCUCUCAGCUUUGGAAGCUUCCCAUUAUCUUCAUUUGCGAAAACAAUGGAUAUGGAAUGGGUACAAGUGCCGAAAGGGCUGCAGCAAGUACGGAAUAUUACACAAGAGGAGACUAUGUUCCGGGAGUUUGGGUUGAUGGUAUGGACUUCUUUUCUGUGAGAGAAGCAACGAAAUUUGCGAUUGAACAUUGUUCCUCUGGAAAAGGACCAAUUGUUAUGGAAGUUGCGACCUACAGGUACUUUGGUCACAGCAUGUCUGAUCCGGGAACGAGUUACAGAUCCAGGGAUGAGGUUAAGAAAGUUCGAGAAACGAGGGAUCCGAUUGCUGGUUUCAAAGAGAAAAUUAUCAAAGCCAAUUUGGUCUCUCCUGACGAUCUUAAAAAGAUUGACGAUAAGGUGAAAAAUGAGAUAGAAGAGGCUGUGCAGAAGUCUAAGACUGAUCCGGAAGUUCCGGAGAAGGAACUCACAUUUGAUAUUUACUCGAAUUGCCUUGAACCGGAAAUUCGUAACAAUCAUUCAUUUUCGCCUCUGAAGCAUGAAAGAUUGGGAAAACUGUUGGUGCAGCAAUAGGGAAGCAUCAUCAGUUCUGCUUGGAGUUAUGUAC